UUUCUGUGAAUAUAUGCUGAGUCCGUGCAGAGGGGGGAGUGUGCCAGUGUGGCUUUGUUUUGGGAUCGGGACAAUGUAUUCUGUGCAUGCUCGACGGAACAACCGCUGAAUAAUUGAGACAGCUUUUAUCAUGAGCUGUAUUCAUCUGUGAUUGUAUGGAGCACUGGUCGGUGUAACAUCUCCACCAUAUUUGACCGUCAGCUGGUCUCAAUGAACGGACCUCUCACCCUGCUUUUGUCCACGUUGUAUACUAUCAAAUAGCAUCGACGGGUUUCUCCCCCCCCCCACACCUUUCACACGUUUUUGACAAAUUGCGGAUAUCAUUAGGACUGUCAAUUUGGUAUUCAUUUAUUGAAGUUUUUUACUAGAUAGGCUAAAAUAGGAGGGAAAAGCAAAUGAAUAAAAUAUGGGAUUUUAUGGUGGUUCUCUGAGGUAUAAGAGAAGUGUAUGACUUCAAUUGAACUCCACAAACACACAUUUCAUAUACACACUGCCUUUGGAUAAUCAUGGAACAGGGACAUGACCCUCUGUGGCUUAAUUUCUGCACAUCCAGAUGUUCACCUGCUGGUGUCUUUGAACUCUUGAGUCGCUCUCAAAGUAGUUUCUCAUCAUGAAACAGUCCGGUAUUGAUCGCGUAGACCUCUUUGUAACGUUCCCUGUGGUAACGCCGUGACAUUAGGAUUGUAGUACUCCUGUAGGAUGUGCAAUUGUUCAUUUGGGAACGGGGCACCGACGUCACGAACGCACCACUGGAGGCGGUGUUCUGCAGCUGUUCUGACGUCACGAGCUCGGCCUGCAUCAUUACAGACGAGAAGAGUGGGCGUAAAAAACACGUAGGCUGGUAUAUGGAAAACGACACGAUGUUUGUUGUCCGGACUGCGUUAAUGGGUUUUUUGGGGGGGAAUUCACCCUUUAUAGUGCUGACAGGAGAUCAGUCAGUUGCCUAUUAUUCUAACCUUGAAAAUAUCACAGUGGGGGAAAAACCGGAUUAGGAGUUAUUGAAGGGCAAGGUCACCUUACACGAUAUGUUGCGGAUUUUAGUAUUAGGGAAUGAUGAUCAACACAGAUGGACAGAGGAAUAAUUCCCCAAUUCUCCCGAAAUGGAGACUGGAUUAAGAGCACACUGUGUUACUCUAUCUAUUGAGUAUACACCGCAAUGAUGGUGCUCUGUAACACACUGAAGAGCGGGAAUGCAAGUCGAGUAGAUAUGAAAAUUGAAUCUCCACAUGUAUUCAUACGAUGCUUUGGGCAGCUUCAACUAGAAACCCUGUCGUAUAAUAAUCACGGGGGAUUGCCCGGAAAUGCAGUUUGUUACCAACAGAGCUGAAGGAAACAUUCAAAGGCUCCAGCCUGGCAUCCUGACAGACUUGAAGUGACAGCCCUGACCUGGAUAGCGGCUGUGCCUCUUGUCCCACACUGAGGCAGGCCUCUCCAAGCAGAAGGACUCACAGAUAGACCAGCGGACAGACGCCUGUGUCAGCAGCAGCGUCCAACACUGCAUCCACACCAUCCUCCUCUCAUCUUCCUCGUCCCUCUGUCACUUCUGACAUGGCAGACCCCGGCCUCACGUCGCCCUCUAGGAUCCCGCUGCGCUCCCCCAACACCUCCCUCAGCCUCUCCUUCCCCUUCCUGAGGGAGAGGAGCCGUAUAUGGGAGGGCAAAGAGCAGCCGCUGCCACGGGAUUUGCCCAGCCCGUUGCCAACCAAACGCAACCGCACCUACUCAGCUACGGUACGUGCUCAAUCAGGUCCCGUGUUUAAGGGCGUGUGUAAGAACUUCUCCAGGUCACAAGGUCACGGCUUCCUCCGACCCUCCCACGGUGGCGAAGAAAUCUUUGUUCACAUCUCAGACAUCGAGGGGGAGUACGUACCAGUAGAGGGCGACGAGGUCACGUACAAAGUGAGCCGGGUCCCUCCCAAGAACCUGAAGGUGCAGGCGGUGGAGGUGAAGAUCAUACAUCUCAACCCAGGGACGAAACACGAGACCUGGUCUGGCCAGAUCAUCAGCUCGUAGACCUGAACUCUGGGCCUGGUUGGUCGUGCAGGGAUGAGGAUGGGCCUGUCGUAGGACUGAUAACUUACAAUCUGUGCUAAAAUCCUUUCUUUAAAAACGCGUUUUAUCUCCACAGCAAAGGGCCCGUGACAAAUCAUGUGUCGUUGGUGUCCACUCGCAGAGCGGACGCACGGUUCAAAAGCUGUCCACUGCACUGAUGAAUCUGCUGUGUAUGUAACACUGACCAUUUAGUCACUGUUAGGAAAAAGACAUUUUUGUUUUAUUUAUUUCUAUUUUUGUCAUGACAGCAGUAAUAAAAGUCAGAUUUGAGAUGGUAGGGUAAAGGGAAUGGCGAAGGAUUAAACUGGAAAAGGCUUUUGGGCCUCAUUUUUUAUAUAGAUGAGCCGUGUAAAGUAUGAAAAACUAGUAAAACUGAGGACAUAAUUGUGUUGCAGAUCUGCAAACUGAGGCAUGACAGCUGAGUGUUUGUGCAAGGAGGGAGAGCGACGUAGGACAGAAGGCUGAAUUCACUUUUACUUCCCUUCUUUGCCGCUGUUGUGCACUUGUUUACUUAAACCAGCGUUUCCAGGAUGUUGGGUGCAAGUGUGGGUCAGAUUAUCAAAGCCUACGCAGUCCAGACUUUGGACAGAUGAGAAGAAACUUUGAAUUCAAGAACAAAGAUAACGGAUGUAAACGCAAGUAGUUAAGGAAAUUGAAGUUAAAGAGUUUUGAAGGAUUGUGUUGUUGAGUGAAAGGAAGUUGAAAUGGUAGGUUGACCAACACAAUGACAGUAACCCGAAAUAUGAAUAGUUCUAUGUUUGCACCCUAGACAGGACGUCUCAUGAGCUCCUUUUGGGUUUCAGGUCACCAGUUUAGAAACAUGACCAGUUAGGACAAAAAAAGGGGAAGUUUUAUUUUGAAGUGAUGGAGUGAGUUGAAAGUUAUGAAUCCAGUUUGUCUUUGACAGAAAUAGCAUGAAGGGAGAUCAGGAGUAAAACAGGCAGAUCACAUUAAACCAAGCAUGAAUACUUCAAAAGAUUGAAAAGAAAAUGACAUACUUUACAGUGAAGGGAAAGCGACUGCAAGUAUUUUCCUGGAAAACACAUAUCCUUGGUUGUUUAUCUUGUUUGUGGUUAUUUAUUUUGAUUAUUUAUUUGAUGAUUUAAUCAGAUUUGUGUGUGUCGUCAGAUUGCAAGCUCUAUAUUUUGGGUAAGUACAGUCAAAGCUUGCACUUAAGAAAUUUGAACUUCCAAAAUGAAAACUGCCAGAAAAACUGCUAUUGACAUCACUGUCAGGUUUUUCAAAUUUUGUUGUGUUUGAAAAAAAAUGUCUGUUUUGAAAACGUCUGGGGACAGAUAUUGCUGAUAAAAAAAAAAACAACUAUUUGUAAAUCUCUUUUUCUAUUAUCAGAAAAACAUGUAUCUGUGUGUGGUUUAUUAAGCGUAUCAGUGUAAUGGUGAACUACAUGACUUCAUAGUUGGUGCCAAAAGAGAUCAACGUCACAUCAACAUUGUUUGUAGUUAUUCAGGUUUUGCUCAGUGUGUCAUUUUCUAUUAUGUCUGUUCCAUCGAGUCUCUAUGCAUCCCGUCUGUCUGUCAGUGUCACUGCCUGAACUUGUUCAACAUUACUUUUGAUUUAUUUAAGGGCACUUUCUUUUAUGGACGAGCCACGGUGGUGGUGAUCCCCAUGAUUACUUCUACUGAGCCUCGAAAGAACAUUAAAGCAUUUUAUGAUUCACACGUCU